AUGGCGAAGGUCCCCGCGCGACUGCGAAGCGUGACGUACAGCCUGUCGCCCAUGCGCACGGGCGUCAUGCACGGCCUGUUCAAGGAUUGGGCGUCGGGCAUGGCGACGCGCGUCAAGGAGAACGCGGUCGACGCGGGCGUGUUCUGCGCGCUGCCGCUCGGCGCGACGGUGUGGUACGCGUUGAAUUACAAGGAAAAUGAAAAGUUGGAGCACCGAUAUUAA